AUGAUUAAUAUCGUCAUAAUCUCACCCGCUCUUCUUGCGGCCGCUGACGCCUUUCCUAGUAGCAGCUUCAACCGUGUCGUUAUGGAUGACCUUUGUGGUCGCCACAGUGCUAUUCUCGAUACCGUCUCGGGAGAAGAUCGUGAAGUGAUGAAGCUCAUGUGCGAGUAUUGGCCCGAGGACAAGUGGGGUUCAAUCAACGACGCCGACUUGAACGAAGUGGCCACUUUGGCUGAGACUGGCGAGCUUGCUGAAAUUAGACAGAAGUCUGUGCAGUGGACGAAGGCGUUUCGGUCGAGCCCGAAGUUCUGUUGGCGAAAACUGAUGAAAAAAAGGGAGAAUAAGAAGGCGAUGUGUGAAGGUCCCGGCCUUAGUGGCAACUCUCCCGGAUUCGGCUGGAAGUGUAAGAGGAACUGUCGAGACUUUUGUCGAGACGAGUUCCAGAACUACUUCGGCAAGACCAGCCGCCUAUUUUGGUGUAAAUGCCCGAUGGACGGUAGCUUCGGCGAAUGGUGGACCCUCCUUGCCCUCCUGGUGAAUCACUCAUCAUGGGCAAUGCUACAAGUCUUGUCCUGCUGGCAUGCAACCAAGUUUGAUCCCAGGUAG